CCAUCGCCCUCUGGAUCUUUGCUAUUCUCGCGUAACUUCUUUGACGCGACAAUAUGGCUACAACUAACCGGCUCACUGAGAAUAUUGCUGAGGAGGAUGCCGCUCUACGUGUCGUAUCUCUCGAGAAACUAAUGGAUGGAGACAAGUCACAUGUUGAGCAUUUGCUAAAAGCCUGCACUGAGCUCGGAUUCUUCUACCUAGACUGUCGCAGGGUCGCCUCUGGACAGGUAAUGAGAGAGGUCCAAUAUAUGUAUGACUUGGCGGGCAGCUUCUACGACUUACCCCAGGAUAAAAAGAUGGAAUGGCUCGUUGACAGAGACCACGACGAGCAUUUGGUCAUGGGCCUGCAGGCCACGGAAACGGUCCUAUUGAGGGGAAGAAAGACGGAUUUGAGGGCCUCAUGGGAUGUCGUUCCCCUUUUCUUUUUGCUAAUCGCGAGACUAACAUUUCAAAAGCUCUUCGAGCAUCCCAUCUCCAAAAUUGCGGAUGGCGCUUCAUUUCCUGGUCCAGAAGUCAUUGCGUCCCGAUUAACACUAUUGAAGCAGGCUAUGUCGACUUUUAGAGAGAUCAGUACUUUGCUUCUAGAACGGUUGUCAAACGCCCUCGAGCUGGACGAGAAACUGGCAUACCAACAAUACCACCGGAAAGAUGCCGUUUGCCCAACGGCGCUCGGUCUUUUGAAGUACACCAUUGCGGACCAGGAACCAGAGAAAGUCGGCCAGAUUGCCCACACCGAUGCAGGAAGUUUGUCGAUUGUUUUUACUGAAGUUGCAGGGUUGCAGGUGUUGAAACCCAACGAAGAUCAGUGGUAUUACAUUGCACCCAAACCUGGCCAUGCUGUUGUCAACGUUGGCGACGCACUCCGUUUCAUAUCUGGCGGGCUUCUGGAAUCAAGUCUACAUCGGAUUAUUCCUCACAAAGACGAAAUGGGAAGACACAAAUACUCUAUUGUUUAUCUACUGCGGCCGGAGAUGGAUGCCGAGUUCACUGACACUGAAGGUGUUAUCUGGAAAGGGUUGGAAUGGACGAACAAGAAACACGCCGUAUUCCGAGCCGAUGCUGAGGAACAAGCAUUUGGGACGUACCUGACUGGUAGAGAUGGGUACGUGGGGUAUUGGGAUCCUGAAAAAGACAAAGAAAGUGAAACAAUAUUAGUGAGAUAAGCAGAGCGAAAGUAGUAGCAGUCUUUAAGCCUACAAACUCUCACAAUUGCUUAGAAUUCUCCUAUCUACUAU